GUGGAAUACGCGAGAAAAGGUAAAGACCGAGAGAGACAGGAAAUGGUAAUGCCUAUUUUCUAUUUGUUCUUUUGGACGUCAAUACUCCCGACUCCCUUUGCUUCAGUCUCUAUCAUGCUUCAGUGAUUUUUGCGCCCUGCUCUCAUAAAGAUAGCCGAGCAGAAGGAGCUCGUCCGCUUUCACCGGCAUCGAUAUCCCGCAUCCUCCAUUGAUCCUUUCACUUAUCAUCACAGUCUCUCUUGAUCCGAAACUCUCCAAAGGAAUCAAAUCAAGAUGCCCAAGGCGCCGUCGGGCGAAAAGGCCAGACUCCAAGCACAACAAUCAUCUCAGCCUCAACCUCCUCCAACUACACCGACAUCGACACCAGCAUCUCAGCCUCAACCGCAACCGGAACCACAGGACCUCCCACCUUCCUACGACAACAUCAAUCCUCCCAUCCCCAGCCUCCCCAUACCGACCGUGACUCCAAGCAUCCCCAUUCCCAGCCAGAACCCGCUCGACGCCAUCUCGCGGCUGAGUGCCAUCGACCUGCCCAAGUACUGCGGCGUCGCGCAAGCCAAGCUCUCCGAUGGCCACACGUCGCUCACCACCACGAAGCCGGAACUCACCACGACACAAUACGCGCUGAUCAAGUUCAUCAACGAACAGGCUUCUCUCCCGCCGAAACCGCUCAUGGUCAUCCGCGGCACGCACCUGACCGGCGACACCGGCUCGACGCACGUUGAUUUCGAACUCACCCUGAACCUGACGAGUCUCCUGGCCAUCGAAAACACGCACGACACGCACAACACGCACAACACGCACAACAAUCGGCAGCCCGACUUCGACGGGACGAGAGCGUCGGCCCAAUCCCCUCGGAUGCGAGUCAAGCCCGUUGAGCAGUCGUCAUCAUCCUCGUCCUCAUCCUCGUCCAAACAUUCCCAUUCCCAUUCCCAUUCCCGCAUGACUCCGCUGGAGCAGUGGGUGAAGAAGUUCGUCGAAGAAAAGGCCGAGAACAGGAGUUUCACCCUCCACCGACACAUCGCCAACCUCCCCACCCAACUCCUAGAAGGCAUGGUCCGCACGCUCCUCGCCGCCACAAAGUACCGGGGCAAAGUCAGCGUCGAGUUCCCCGCGCAGUUCUCCUCCGUCACCGUCCAGCGGCAGUCGGGCAACUGGUUCACCAACAUGCUCCGGCUGUAUCCGACGAAAAGGUACGAAGUCGUCGACACGGUCUGGCAUGUCGCGGCGACGAGCCCGAGCCCUGUCGGAGGACGACACCAACAACAACAACAUCAACUUGGGACCGACACAAGCACCGAGAUCUACACGAACACCGAAACCGACACCAACACCGACACCGACCCGAGCGGUGACCUGGGCGGCGUCAGCAUCAGCAGCAGCAGCAGCAGCAGCCGCGCCGGCUUGAUCGCGCAAGAGUGGUGGCGAGAAUGGCAGUUCGCCAUCUGGAAUGCCGUGAUGCAGAAGAGGCAGGGCUGGGUGACGAUCGAGGAUUGGAUCGAGGCCAAAAUGGGCGUUCGCAUGCCGCAACCCACAAAGGAUUGGGGUGCUGAUUGUACGUAUUACUAGUGACGGUAUUUAUAUUUUAUUGUAUAUACAUAUAUGCCUAAUUGUGUUUGUGUUUGUGUCUAGGUGCGGUAUAUCGGUGUACGAAUCACAUACCUACAUAUACUAGUAGAGGUAUCUCUUCCUACUGCAUUCGACAUUACUGUAGACAGAUACACUCUAACCAGGUAACGCAACAUACCUAGGUAUAAUCGAGAACGCGAAGACUAAAGAACGAUAAUCCACUCAGAGAUAUCAAUUGAUCGGCUUCCCAAGGAAAUAACAUCUCUCAUAGCAUUGGUGUCCUUGCAUUCCCUAUCCAAUGGUUGCACUCCUUGAGCAGCUAGGCUUCCUCCAAAAUGCCACACACAAUCCAGAUGCCCUGUCCAAAACUCCUCCAUGCUGUAUGGGGUAUCUCGCAAAAUUACACCAAGGAAUUAAAUGUCUCCCAUCGUCGAUACCGAACAACCUCGGCCUCGUCGCUAUGGCAGAAAGGAAAGUUCUCGGCCUCCAAUCUACCAUGAAAUGAAAAGCCUCUGAUUCCUACCUCCAGCAGCGCCGCCGCCCUCUCAUGAACCAUGACCAAGGAAAAUAUGAAAGACAAAGGGUGUUGUCGAUCCAGCUGCAUCUCUGUCCCAUUUGGUGGCACCCGGGCUUAGCCCCCUCAAGACCUCUGCAGUGGUGUCUCAGGAAUCUCCCAGAAUGACAUCUCCUAGUUGCCGUUUUGUUCCUGCUUAGGAAUAGAUUCGGUCCUCGCAUUCAAAGGUGCGGCGAAGGGGAUUGGCGAUGAAGCCGUGAAAACGGGAAGGUCCUGUUUCGUCCACCGAGGCGUGCUCACUCCAGCUGAACUUGGUCUCUGAGCAGUAGCCUCAGUAAUGGCUUGCGGAAUUUGGUAGG